GAUCCUUUCUGCUGUGGACAACUCCUGCUCAUCCAUCUCUUGAGUCUGACGAGCACCACCACAUUCCUUCUUGGUCGAGAAGGAGCCCUAGCCAUCCUUCCUCAUCUCUGCCCUAUACCCGGCCUGGGCAUAUGCUUGUUUCGACGGCGCUGCCGGUCCCCCCAGAUGGGCUGUCCAGACUCCCCCAGCCGCAGCAACCCACGAAAGAACUACCGAAAAUGGAGCGCGGGCUCAGCUUCACAACCGGGAACGCUUUCUACAGGCGCGAGAGUGCGGUAGGGAGAGACCUGAGUGUUCUAGCGGCCAUAGCCUACAAGAGAGAGCACGGUCAGCUCCGAGCACUGGAUGCUCUGUGUGGGUGCGGAGUGAGAGCAAUGCGGUACCUUGUGCAGGCUAGUGCUGACUUUGUCUGGGCCAACGAUGCCUGCGACCAUCUUCGUCCCGGCAUUCUUGACAACCUGCGAGCUGUAGCUCCUCCUUCCUGUUCUUCUUGUCCUACCGAAAGGUGGAAAGUCAGCACUCAAGACGCCAACAAGCUCCUUCUCGGCUGCUACCUUGCCGACGAUUACUACGACCUCAUCGACGUCGAUUCUCACGGGAGUAACUCCGUCUUCUUUGGCUCUGCUCUGGCUGCCCUCAAACGUGGUGGCCUCGUCUAUGUCACCUCCACCGACGGCUUCUCUUGCAGCAAGCGGCCUUAUAAUGCACUUGCAUCAUACGGAACUUUCACCAGGCGCCUGCCGUUUAUCAACGAGAUCGGGCUGCGAAUGGUCAUUGCUGGCGUCGUGCGCGAAGCUGCCACCCGAAACUUGAGGAUGCGUCCCCUUUUCUCGCACUAUUCUGCCCACGGACCAGUGUUUAGAAUCAUGCUCCGGAUGGAGCACGGCGAACUUGAUCUCCGCACGUAAUUUCCAGGUUGAUCUUGUUG